AUGCUACAUCGUGUUAUACGUUCCCCAUUCCUUGCUACCUCUCCCAUUCUGCUCCUUCUUUUACUCGUCCAAAUUUCGAGCGCAACGCCCUUGACCGCUUUCGGUGGACACGAACAAGAUGUCCUUCUCCCUCGUGCGAUCAUGAAAAACGGCACCUGCGACGAAGGCUACGAAUGGACCGUCAUCACCCCGCUCUCGACUCAAGGCGCCACGUGCUGUCCGGUCGGGUACAAAGGAGAAGAGGCAAAGAUGUUGGGUAAUCUGGCGGGGACGUUCUGCUGCCCCGAGCAUAUCGACACGGUGCCAUGCGAUGCCCACGACCGCGAAAUGCCAACGACACCCCUCACCUGUCCGGAGCCGGGGCAGCUAAUCGGCGCGCUCUGCAUGUAUUAUUAUUGGUAG